UAUGAUGAAAAUAUUGGCGCGAAAUAAUUUGGAAGCGUUAUUACUUAUUAUGACUAUCUUUUAUAAUAUUGAACAAAAUAAAUUUAAAGAAUAGUUAAAUUAGAAGAAAACAAAGGGCAGCGAUGGUUAAUGGUGUUUGAAAAUGGAUGACUCCCAAAGUUCUGAUAUCUUCUCUGAAAACAGUAUCAACAUACAGAAUAUUACUAUUAAUCCAGAAUCGUAUGACUUGCUUCUAAACAAAAUAAAGAAUUCUACGCUUGGGAAUAUCAGUCAAAGAAACAAACUUUCGGAACGCUUCAAUUUAAUUUUAAAUGAUUGCAGCAGUUUAAUAUUUCAGGGUCUUGAACUAAUUUUAUCAUUACUAGAAGAGUCAGCAGUGCCAAUUGAUAAAGUAAUCAAUUAUAUAGACGAUGGUGCAUGUACAUUACAAAUAUUGUCGAAUUUUAUCAAGAAUGUUAUUGAAACUACUGCGGUGAUAUGCUGUACAAUGAAAACAUUCCCAACCUGUACAGGAAAUAUUAUUUAUUUAGUCUUCUCACACUGUAGGGAUAGUGAAUGUAUCUAUGGUAGAUAUUUGCACAAUGUGGAAAAAAAAUUAAAAGACUUAUUUAGAAAUUGCCAUGAACUACAGUUAACAUAUUUAAUGGCUUUGGGAAAGAACUUUUUAUUUGAUUUAUCUGAACAGGAUGAGCAGGAAAUUCUUAUUGAAACACUGAAUAUUAAUUUGAAGAUUGGUGAAGUUGUACAAGCAUUGGAUGUUAAAACGAUGGCUGAGCAAUGGAAAGCAUAUGUCAUGAUUUGUGAAAAAUAUUCAAAUUUCUUAUUAGACAAAAAUAUUUACAAUAAUUGUACUAAACUCCUGGCUUCCACAGUAGAGGAUAAUAUUAAAACUGCGCUGCAGGUAACAGAAGAUAAAAUUGUUAUGAGAUCAUUGAAAGUUGCUAAUUUUUCUCUAAAAAUCUUGCUUAAGAUUUCCUCAAUUUUCAAAGGUGCUAUUUGUGCUAAUUAUCAACAUAUUCUGGAUUUACUUCAACAUAUAAGUCUAUGUAAUAGCAAUUACCAUGAAUUAACAUUAAAUAAAUCAUCUGGAUUUUCAAAACUCAUGUAUACAAAUCUAAUAGUUCCCACAGAUGCUUUGAUCAAUCAACUCGUGAAUGAGGAAAAAUUUAUAAAAUUGGUGCUCUCAACAAAUACAAAUGAUAUUAAGGAUCAAAAUAUCUUAGCUUAUAUUUUGUUUAGGAUAUCAAUUAUGAAGGCUUUAUUGCAAACCAAUGACGUUAGCGGAACAAAGUACAAACUGAUUGAGUGUGUGUUUUCUAUUCUACCAAACUGUCAUGUGUGUUUCAACAUGGGUCUGAAAUUCAAUUCCAUAAUAAAUGAAAGCAACAAAUCUUAUGGUCUUUAUGAAUAUUUAUUAAUUCACACGCUAGCUUUAGCAGCGUGCAUGACUCCACAAGAAUACAUUAAAUUGGAAAAAAAAUUCUAUGAAGCGAUUAUGGAUGUUGAUUAUUACACUGCUGUGUUUUGUUCAAAUGUCUGGAUAUCAUUGUGCAGGAUGAAUAGUUCUCAAUUACAAAUAAAUACUUUGCAAAAUUUACUAAAAAUAUAUCAAAAACUGGAGUCGAAUGGAUCGUUUGCCACAUCGCCGCAACAAGUUAAUUUAAAUUAUACAAUAGAAUUACUUUUUCAAACUCUAAAAUAUCCGGAAAAGCUGUUAAUUUAUAAACACUUUAGUAUCAAAGAUAAAAGGAAUAUUGGUAUUUGGUUCGCAUUAAAAAUAAGAAAUUUACCUGAGAAUCUCGAAAUACAUGCGGAGAGAUUAGUGAUCGAAAAAUUGAUAAAAGUUUAUGAUGAAUUGUCGAAUAAUAAUGCAUCUUAUGAAACAGACAAUUUGAUUAAAUAUAUGAAACUAGCGGCCACUUGUUCAUUUGUGGAAUGUUGUUUGAAAUUGGAGGAUUUGAUUGUCAUGAGCUGGUGGCGAGCUUGUCCCGAUUGUAGUAGCAUUGUUCUUCAAAAUCACCCCAGUGUGGUCCAGUACAUGGAAUAUUUAACUAACUUAACCGAAAGUUAUGUGCAAAAUUUUGAGAACAACACAAGUCUAAUAAAAAUAAUACGUGUGAUGUCAAACAUAAUGCACAAGGGAAAUUCUGACCUCAUAAUACUUAUGUUGAAAACGUUUUGCAAGUUACUCUGUCAAUGUGAAGACGAAGAUGAUUCGGCGAUGGAUCUUUUGAUAAACACGUUACAGUCUAUAACGAAGGACAACGAUGUUCAGAACUGUUUGUUCAGUAUGAUCACAUCACACGAUGAAAUAAACAAUUUAUUUACACCUAUUUUAAAUAAACAUCCAUCAUUAACAGAUUUGAGGCAUCGCUUUGUGGAAUAUAAAACUAAGUUUCAGAAUAUUAUAGACAGAAAGGAUCGACUGGAAAAUGUAUCAGAAAAUAUAUUCGAACAUAAAUGUAUUAAUGAUUACAAUGUUGAUUUAAAAUUGGAAGCCAAUAAAACGAGCAGUAAUUUUGAUAUUGACAUCGAUUCAUUGUUUGAAGAAAGCGAGCCAGCCAGUAAAAAGGCCAAGUUAGAUAUGAAUAUCGAGAAUCUCUUGUCAAAUAUAGAAAAUAAUGUGUUACAGCUCUCUCAGGCUAAGGAAAAUAUUCUAAACGAUCACAAGAAUAGAAUCAAAAAUGUGUGUGAUAAUCUAAGAAAUAUAAUUUCCUAA